UUAUGUUUCCUUUCAAUCUUGAUCUCUGUUUUUUUUUUCAAUGUCUUAAAAAGUUCAAAACCGAUAAUCCGGUCCGGUUAGAUCUUAAAAAUCUAAAUUAUUUGACCCGGUUAAAUCAGAUAAAAACAGAAUUAACCUACAAACUGAUAGUUUGGUUGACCGAGCCGGUUAGUUGUUCAAAUUAAAAAAUUUCACUUGGUUAAAAAGUUUGAAAAUCAAAUAAAUAAAACAUUGUUUCAUUUAUUUCUCUUUUUUCCUAAGUUUUGACUUGGGGAUUUGAUUAUUUUUUUGAAGUUAUUCUCUACAGAGAUUUUUAAAUUUAUUUUGUGGUUUAGGUAACUUCUCUAAAGUUAGUAUGGUUUAGGAAUUAGGAGUUAGUAGUAGAACUAGUCAAGUAGGAUUAGGAAAUAUAGUUGGUUUUGGGAGUCUUUAGCCACUAUAUAUAUGGUGGAGAAGAUAGGCCAAGAACCAUUCAUUAUCUUCCACUUCUGUUUUCAAAGCUUCCAUCGUCAAAUCUCUCUGUCCCUGGAGAUAUGUCAGAGAACAACACUACUGCAGAGAUUGUUAGCAAGACCUUUGUGAAGCAAUACUAUUACAUUCUUAACGAAGAACCUCACUAUCUUCAUAUCUUCUACAAUGAACCCUGUCUGUUUAACCGGCGUGAUCCUGCAACCCAUGUCAAGAAAGCUUUCUGGACAAAGAAAGAAGUGAAAGAUGAGUUUCUGGCUAUGAGAUACGAAGAUUACACGGCUGAGAUCGAGACUUCACUUGGUAUUCCAUAUCCUAUGGGGAACGGUCGUGUUAUUGUCUUUGUCAAUGGUUACUUGACUAGGAAGAAAGAUAACGUGAGGUUCAAGGAAACGCAGACACAGCUACCAACCUCAAACCCAAUUCCUCCAUCUCCUCAAAAACCAGCAGCAACGGAGAGUUAAGCUUCCGUUAGCGAGAAAGCUCCAAGCGAAGGGGAAGAGUGAUGACUGGUCUAUGGGUUUCUUUUUUAGGGUUCUAGAAUUAUGUGUUCCAAGUCGGUUUUGGGUCGGGUUUCUUGGUUUAAGGAUCCUAGGAAAUUAGGAACCGAAUUGAAAUAUUUAGGUUCCUAUUAACAUAAUCUAGUUAUUUUCUAGUGUUUUUGUAGAGAUUUAUCUUUGGCUUAUAGUAAAUCUCAUUGUUUCAGCUUUUGAAAAAGUAUAAAAAAAUUCCCAAAAAAGUUUGAUAUAAUUUCUAAGGAAAUUCUGAUACAUCUCAUUAUAUUUAUGAACAUCCUAAAUGUAUUUGUUAUUUUCUGCA